CAGAGUCGCGCAAACCGCAGGGACAUCGGAGGAACCGGGGAUCAGGCCCGGCGGGACCCGCCCCGAGGGCCCGAGUGGGCGGACCCCGGCCCCGCCCCGGCCGGCCCGCCGGCCCGCUGACCACGCCUGGGAAGUUUGGGGUAGGAGGAGCGGGCCGGCCGGCCCAACUGCGCGCGGGGUAGGGCCAGGCCGGCGAGAGGAAGCUCCUCCUCAGCGCGACGCGGCGCCGCGGAGUUGACCCGCCGUCCGCGAGUGUCCGCGAGAGUCCGCUCGGCCCGGGAAAGCGGCGGCCCGCGUGGGCGCCAGGGGCAUGGGCGGCCUGGCGACCUAGCAUCCCGCGCAGGAAGGAGCUCGCCGCCCCUUGGACAGGCCGGGAUCCGGGCGUCCGGAGCUGGGGAGCGGCGGGCGCCCCGGAACCCGCCGGCCGCCACCAUGAACGGAGAGGCCAUCUGCAGCGCCCUGCCCACCAUUCCCUACCGCAAGCUCGCCGACCUGUGCUACCUGAGCCGCGGCGCCUCCGGCACCGUGUCGUCAGCCCGACACGCAGACUGGCGCGUCCAGGUGGCGGUGAAGCACCUGCACAUCCACACCCCGCUGCUCGACAGUGAAAGAAAUGAUGUUUUAAGAGAAGCUGAAAUUUUGCACAAAGCUAGAUUUAGUUAUAUUCUUCCAAUUUUGGGAAUUUGCAAUGAGCCAGAAUUUUUGGGAAUAGUUACUGAAUACAUGCCAAAUGGAUCAUUAAAUGAACUCCUCCAUAGAAAAACUGAAUAUCCCGAUGUUCCUUGGCCAUUAAGAUUCCGCAUCCUGCAUGAAAUUGCACUUGGUGUAAAUUACCUGCAUAAUAUGAAUCCUCCUCUACUUCAUCAUGACUUGAAGACUCAGAAUAUCUUGUUGGAUAAUGAAUUUCAUGUUAAGAUUGCAGAUUUUGGUUUAUCAAAAUGGCGUAUGAUGUCUCUCUCACAAUCACGAAGUAGCAAAUCUGCUCCAGAAGGAGGGACAAUUAUCUAUAUGCCACCUGAAAACUAUGAACCUGGACAGAAAUCAAGAGCCAGUGUCAAACAUGAUAUAUAUAGCUAUGCAGUUAUCAUGUGGGAAGUGUUAUCCAGAAAACAGCCUUUUGAAGAAGUCACCAAUCCUUUACAGAUUAUGUACAGUGUGUCUCAAGGACAUCGACCUGACACUACUGAAGAAAGUUUGCCAUUUGAUAUACCUCAUCGAGCAGUCAUGACCUCUCUAAUAGAAAGUGGAUGGGCACAAAAUCCAGAUGAAAGACCUUCUUUCUUAAAAUGUUUAAUAGAGCUUGAGCCAGUUCUGAGAACAUUUGAAGAGAUAACUUUUCUUGAAGCUGUUAUUCAGCUAAAGAAAACAAAGUUACAGAGUGCUUCAAGUACUCUUCACUCAUGUGACAAGAAGAUGGAGCUGUCUCUGAACAUACCUGUAAAUCAUGGUCCCCAGGAGGAAUCAUGUGGAUCCUCUCAGCCUCUUGAAAGCAGUGGUUCUCCUGGAACCUCAAGGUCCCUGUCAACUUCCCAAGAAAAAGACUUUUUAUCUGGAAAAACCCCAGACUACUCUUCUCGGAAGCUACAUCACUCAGUAAAUCACAGUUGGGAUAGUGCCGUGUCUGCAUCUCAGAGGACCAUAUUCUGUGAUCACAGGACCACCCCCUGCUCUUCAGCGAUCUUCACUUCACUCUUAGCUGAGGGAUUUUCAGAGCGUCUACAGCCUGGUAUAGCUCAACAAUGGAUCCAGAGCAAAAGGGAAGACAUUGUGAGCCAAAUGACUGAAGCCUGCCUCAACCAAUCACUAGAUGCCCUCCUGUCCAGGGACUUGAUCAUGAAGGAGGACUAUGAACUUAUUAGUACCAAACCUACAAGGACUUCAAAAGUCAGACAAUUAUUGGACAUCACUGACAUCCAAGGAGAAGAAUUUGCUAAAGUUAUAGUGCAAAAGUUGAAAGAUAACAAACAAAUGGGUCUUCAACCUUACCCAGAAAUACUGAUGGUUUCCAGACUAGCAUCUUCAAAUUUCCCUCAAAAUAAAAGUUUAAAAGUGGGUCUUUUUCAAGAAGAAAAGCAGCAAUAGGUGUUGGUGAGGACGUGGAGAAAAAUGUACACUCAUACAUUGCUG